GUGUGUGUGUGUGAGUGUGUGAGUGCGUGUGUGAGUGCUGAAUAAAACAUGCUGUCUUCGGGUUAGGGCUAUUGAUUGGCUCUGUGUCCACAGCUCGGUUACCAGCUGCCGUAGUAACAAAGAAGGCAAAUUAUCAAAUGAAGGCGUCCAUGAAAAAACUGUUGGGGAGUCUUUUAGUGGUUUUACUGAUCUCCACUGAAAUCAAAGGACAUUGCACCAGACCCAUCGCCGGGGACUAUGUCGUGCUUGACGUGGAGACUUUUGUGGAGUCAUCUAUUGCUAGACUGAAAUGCCAACCUGGGUAUGAGCAAACUCUGGGAUCUCCACGGACUAUCAUCUGUUCGGGAGGCCAAUGGAGACCCUCUCCAAGCAGUUUCACUUGCAGAAAAAAAUCCUGCGGCAACCCGGGUGAUAUAUACAAUGGCCAUUAUGACUUGUCGGAGGGAACUGAAUUAGGGGCCGUAAUCACAGCCAGUUGCAAUGAAGGGUACUUCUUGAUAGGUCACAGCAAAAGGACAUGCCGGGCCAAUGGAGAGUGGGAUGGCAAGCUUGCCGUUUGUGAAAUGGUGAAUUGCAGAAGGCCCACUGUCCGCCACGCUCAGCCUGUGGCGGGUGACAGUGAGCCUUUUGGCUAUGGGGACUUUCUCAGGUAUGAGUGCAUCGAUGGCUUCAGGAUGGUCAUAGGCACGGGCAACAUGGUCUGUCUGAAGCACGGGUGGACUUCCCCUCCAACAUGUGAACGUAUCUGCACCACUCCUCUGGGUCUGGGGACUGGGCUGAUUGCAGAUGAGAGGAUGACAGCUUCCAGUGUUUAUGUUGAACGUCUUUGGAGAGGUGUGUGGGACGCCCACCUCGCACGGCUGGACAACUGGGCCAGGGUCAACGCCUGGUCCCCUGCUAAAAACAACCGCUUACAGUGGCUGCAGGUGGACCUGGGUAGCCCUCAGACUGUCACAGGGAUCGUCACUCAGGGGGCAAAGGACCUUGGGCUCCCCAAAUAUGUCACAGAAUUCAAAAUAUCUUACAGUACUGAUGGUCACUCUUGGACAGUAGUUUCCAGUGAUGGAGAAGAAACGAUAUUCCAAGGCAACAGUGAUAAUGAAGGGCUCAAGAAGAACCUGUUCAGUCCUUCAUUUGACGCCCGCUACGUGCGCUUCCUACCUUGGAAGUGGCACAAACGCAUCGCUGUCCGCAUGGAGCUGCUCGGCUGUGUUUAAGCUCUGAGUUUUCUCAUCCACCCCUGGACUCACCCCAGACAGUGAAAGCGAGGGUUCUUCUACCCUUACGAAAAACCUGUUUAAAUAGGCCUACGGCAGAUCUUCUUAGGUGUUACUGCAAAAUGUAUUUCUGCAGUAUUAUUUAUUAAAGCAGUAUUAGUAGGGAAUGCAGUAUUUUGAACAUGAAAACACUGUAUACUGCAAUGAUAUUGCAAACACAUUUUUCUGUCUUUUUCGCUAUUUGUUUUUCAUUUUUAUACUACGAUUUAUUUCAAAAAUAGACUGCCAUUUUCCAUCAGAAAAAAACCCUAAUCGCUGUUAUUAAAAAAAAAAAAAUCAUUGAUAAAUAAUACUAAUAAGAAGAACAAUAAUAAUAGGCCUAUUGAUGAUAACAAUGAUAAUGUUAUGUUAUGAAAAGUUACAUAUCUUGUCCCUUACAGACCAUCUUGUCUCUUUCAGACAUAAGACCUGGUUGGCAUGAACGUGGCCCCAUAUCAUGCUGAAGCCCGUUAAACCUUUAAGCUCUGGGUCCAGGCAGGCCGAGUAAAACUAAAUGCCACAUAUAAAUAUAAAACUAAUUCCAGAGUAUGGUGUUUGUUUAAUCUUUAUAGUUAAGGAAGCUACAAGGGCUGUAAAUGGCUAGUAAAAUUAUGGGGGAAAGUAUUUUGGAAAGAAUUGGGGCCCCUCAAUAAUUGUUUAUCUUCCCUUCCUUUUACUAUUGAAAGAGCCUCUAAUAACAAUAUUGACACAGUAAGUGCACAUUCUGCCCCCUCUUUUAUUUAACAUUUACAUGGAUGAGCAGUCUAGAUGAUUGCAUGGCUGUAACACGGGCUGUAUGAUUGCUGCCUUAGUGGUUGACCUUUAAUUCGAGUAGUGUAGGGCUGCAACAUGUCUUUCAACUAUCUGUCUUAUGCGGAUUAUAAGUGACAGUCUGGCUAAUAAAUGUGUAUUGAUAUCUGAUAGAUUAUUAUGUAUUGUUUCUAUUAAAUAACUCUUUUCCAAAAUGAAUGCUCUUUUCCAUUUUAUAGAAUGUUGGGAAAUUGACAUUUUUGUACUGGGCAUUCCAUUGAAUUAUAUUGCAAAAUGCAUUUUAUAGAGGUUUAAAAAGUAUGUUCUCAAAACAUUUGAAUGACCAGAAUUCACACAUAGAUGGUAGGACUUCUUACCCAACAUGAUCUCCAAAAAUUCCGUGCUCCUGGACACAGAUGUUAAGGACACAAAAUUCGUGUCCAGGAGCACGGAUUUUGACAAAAUUCCAUGCGCCUGGACACAGAAUUAUUUUCCGUGAUGGACACACAGAAUGCGCUCUCUAUACUCCCACAGCUCUAUGUUUCCACAGUCUUGUGUUUUCUCAGGAUUUUUCUAAUUUCAAAUAUUUUUUCUCAAAAAAGUGUUUUCUUACUGACAGGUUAGGGUUAGGGAUUGUUUUGGUCUGGGCACAGCUAGUUUUCUUUCAAUCAUUAUAUGAAUUUGAUAGCCUAGCAACUAACUGGAAAAAGGUAUUUCUCAAAAAUAUGUCUUUAAUGACAGGUGAAGGUUAGGGAAUGUUUUUGUCAGGGCACAACUUAAAUUGCUAUAGCAUUAUUUUGUUUAGGAUUAGCAUUUGGUAUGUAUUUUCUAAUGAUAGAGAUAACACAGUGCUGUGGUAAUAGCCUAUAGAAAGCACUUCCGUGUGCCCAUCACGGAAAACAAUUCCGUGUCCAGGAGCACGGAAUUUUUGGAGAUUAGGCUGUCUUACCAGUCAAUUCCAAUAUUAAAAUGCAAAAAAAAAUGGUGGAUAUAGCGUUUUGUAUGUUAGUUUUACACAACUCUCAAAUGAACUAGAUUAUUAUAUACAGCUCCACAAAAAUAAAAGGAACACCAAACCCAAAGUAAUGCAACUCCCCGGCAAGACAAAGGCCUACCAGUACACCAGGAAACAUGGAGGAGGCCAUAGAAUGGUUUCCAACCCAGCAGUGGGAUCGUAAUCUCCUUCUUUGCGCCAAGUGGCACAGAAAAAACAAUGCCAGAGCCCUACAAAAUGAAUUUCACAGGCCACUGAUGUGCAUGUUUUUGCUCAAGUGGUCAGAAACAGAAUUAAUGAGGAGCGUAUAAGGACCUUGUGUCCAUAUGUGGAGCAUAUGCUUACAGAGCAGCACUGUAUGGAGUGAUUUGCAAAUACCAGAGACCAUCAAGCUUGGCACAUUCGCCAUUGGUGUCCUGUACUAUUCACAGAUGAGAGAAGGUUCACACUGAGUGCAUGUGACAGACAUGACAAAGUCUGGAGAUGCCAUGCAGAAUAUUAUGCUGCCUGUAACAUCAUGUAUGUUAUAAAGUCAUGUACAGGUGAGAGAGUGGAUAAAUUAGACUUCAUGGCGAGGAUUGAUUUAGAGGGACCAAAAAGGACGAGUUCAGUUUUAGAAUUGUACAGUUAAUGGCAUCCAGGAAAACUCUGGGUGGAAUCAUUUGAUCUUUUAAAAAAUUAUUUUUAUUUUUAAUUUAAUUUAUUUUAUUUUAUUG